CGCUCCGCCGACAUGGGCCGCGGGGCCGCCCCGCUCCGCCGCCUGCUGCUGUCCCUGCUCAUCCUACCUGCCGCGGGGACAGCCGGACCGGGAGCCUCCUUAACGCUGGGGGAGCCGGAGACGGCAGAAGAGCUGAUGGAGUACCGCGAUCCUUGCAAAGCCGCUGCCUUUUGGGGAGAUAUCGCUUUAGAUGAAGAUGAUCUGAAGCUGUUUCAAAUAGACAGAACUGUUGACUUAACAAAGCACUCAGAUGGCAAUGCAAGACACACUUCAGGAGGCCUGGGAGAACAGUCUCUUGUGUCAAGUGAGAAUGCCACUGCAACUGAUCGUAGUAACCAAACAGUUAAAAAGGACAGCAAGCAGAACACAACGCUUGCAAGGAGACCGAAGAGGAAGGAAUAUGAAGAUGAGUCUGGGAUGGAUACACACUCCUCUCCCAGAGUGCGCAGGGCAACCACAUCCAGGGCUGAGAGAAUCUGGCCUGGCGGGGUCAUCCCUUAUGUGAUCGGGGGAAAUUUCACUGGAACGCAAAGAGCUAUCUUUAAGCAAGCAAUGAGACACUGGGAGAAGCACACUUGCGUGACAUUUGUGGAGAGAACUGACGAAGAGAGCUUCAUUGUGUUCACGUACAGAACAUGUGGAUGUUGCUCAUACGUGGGUCGACGAGGAGGGGGCCCUCAGGCUAUAUCCAUUGGAAAGAACUGUGACAAGUUUGGCAUUGUGGCUCAUGAGCUGGGUCAUGUGGUAGGUUUCUGGCAUGAACACACACGGCCUGACAGGGACCAGCAUGUCACGAUCAUCAGAGAGAACAUACAGCAAGGUCAAGAAUACAACUUUUUAAAGAUGGAAGCUGGGGAAGUGAACUCACUAGGAGAGACCUAUGACUUUGACAGCAUCAUGCACUAUGCUAGGAACACAUUCUCCAGAGGGGUUUUCCUUGACACCAUCCUCCCCCGUCGUGAUGAUAAUGGGGUCCGGCCAACUAUUGGGCAGCGUAUUCGCCUGAGUCAGGGAGACAUCGCUCAGGCAAGGAAGUUGUACAAAUGCCCAGCUUGUGGAGAGACCUUGCAAGACUCAACAGGUAAUUUCUCAGCCCCUGGCUUUCCAAAUGGCUACCCCUCCUAUUCCCACUGUGUCUGGAGGAUCUCGGUGACCCCAGGGGAGAAGAUUAUGUUAAAUUUCACAUCAAUGGACCUGUUUAAAAGUCGCCUUUGCUGGUAUGAUUAUGUGGAGGUGCGUGAUGGCUACUGGAGAAAGGCUCCAUUAUUGGGUAGAUUUUGUGGUGACAAGAUUCCUGAACCAGUAAUAUCCACGGACAGCAGGCUGUGGAUCGAGUUCCGGAGCAGCAGUAACAUCCUGGGGAAAGGCUUCUUUGUGGUUUAUGAAGCUAUUUGUGGUGGAGAAAUUCACAAAGAUGCUGGACAGAUCCAAUCUCCCAAUUACCCAGAUGACUACAGACCUUCCAAAGAAUGCAUCUGGAAGAUCACAGUUUCUGAGGGUUUUCACAUAGGAAUUACAUUCCAAGCCUUUGAGAUUGAAUGGCACGAUGCAUGCUCUUAUGACUACCUGGAGAUCCGGGAUGGCCUCACUGAACACAGCCCACUGAUCGGCCACUUCUGUGGCUACGAGAAGCCAGAAGACAUCAAAUCCAGUUCAAACAAAGUGUGGAUGAAGUUUGCAUCUGAUGCAACGAUCAAUAAAGCAGGCUUUGCAGCAAAUUUCUUUAAAGAGAUGGAUGAAUGUUCUCUGCCAGACAAUGGUGGUUGUGAGCAGCACUGUGAGAACACACUGGGCAGUUACAAAUGUACCUGUGAGCCUGGCUAUGAGUUGACAGCUGAUAAAAAGAACUGUGAAGCUGCCUGUGGGGGCUUCAUCACCAAGCUCAAUGGGACCAUUACUAGCCCUGGAUGGCCCAAGGAAUACCCUACUAACAAAAACUGCGUCUGGCAGGUGGUAGCUCCAGCCCAGUACCGGAUCUCUCUGCAGUUCGAAGUGUUUGAUCUGGAAGGCAAUGAUGUCUGUAAAUAUGACUAUGUUGAGGUUCGUAGUGAGCUGGCUUCUGACUCCAAGCUACAUGGCAGAUUCUGUGGCUCAGAGAAGCCCGAAGUAAUCACAUCCUAUGGCAACAACAUGAGACUGGAGUUCAAAUCAGACAACACGGUCUCCAAGAAAGGCUUUAAAGUUCACUACUUCUCUGACAAGGAUGAAUGCUCCAAAGACAAUGGUGGUUGCCAGCACGAAUGUAUCAACACCUUUGGGAGUUAUACAUGCCAGUGCAGAAAUGGCUUCAUGCUGCAUGAAAAUGGCCAUGACUGUAAAGAAGCUGGUUGUGAGCACAAGCUGAGUGGUGCAGAGGGAAUGAUGAGCAGUCCCAACUGGCCUGACAAGUACCCCAGCCGGAAAGAGUGCACCUGGGACAUCUCUGCAACACCUGGCCACCGAGUGAAAGUGACCUUCAAUGAGUUUGAGAUUGAACAGCACCAAGAAUGUGCCUAUGACCACUUAGAAAUGUAUGAUGGACCCAACAGCAGGUCACCUGUCCUUGGCCGCUUCUGUGGCAGCAAGAAACCAGACCCUGUAGUGGCUUCUACCAACAAGAUGUUCCUCAGGUUUUAUUCUGAUGCUUCUGUGCAAAGGAGAGGUUUCCAGGCAAAGCAUAGCACAGAGUGUGGUGGGCUCCUAAAGGCUGAAGUACGGACUAAGGAGCUAUAUUCCCAUGCUCAGUUUGGGGACAACAACUACCCAGGUCAAGCCAACUGUGAAUGGGUGAUUGUAGCUGAAGAUGGUUAUGGGGUGGAGCUAAUAUUCCAGAUAUUCGAGAUUGAGGAGGAGGCUGACUGUGGGUACGACUACAUGGAGAUUUAUGAUGGUUACGACAGCACUGCACCCCGUCUGGGACGCUUCUGUGGCUCAGGGCCUCUGGAAGAAAUCUACUCUGCAGGGGAUUCCAUCAUGAUUCGAUUCCACACAGAUGACACCAUCAACAAGAAAGGCUUUCAUGCCCGAUACAUAAGUACCAAAUUUCAGGAUGCAUUGCACAUGAGAAAGUAGUUUGACUGCUCCUCACAGACAUUCCCCAUAUGAAGAUUGAGAUAUUUAACUGUGAUCUUUUUCCUUUUUUUUUUUAAAGCUUCUGUGCACCUGGCCAAAAGCAGUGUACAGUGUUUUCUGUAACUAAAACUAAAUCCAGUCUCAAAGGUUUGCCUCUGCAAUUAUUAGCAUGACCCUUUCUUGUUAACAUACCAAGGACCAAAAAUUUGUCUUCUAAUCAUACCUGCCAGGGCAUAAACAUUGUAUUUUGCACAACUUGCCAUGAGGCUGAGUAAGACUGAACUUGAAUUGAGAAAAGCCUUCGUCUCUUGCAUAUCUUGUUUCUAGAUGAUAAUUCCCAAGCACCCACAUGAGCUGUCUGAACAUAUUUUCUGGUGCAGGUGAUGUCGACAGAUACCCAGUAGGAUUUCUUCAAAGGACUUUUUGAGCCACCCACUCUCCCCUACCAGCCCAAAAUACUCUGUGCAAUAAGAGAACAACCCGAUGGCUGGACAUCCAUCACUCCUUCUGUCCCUUCUAUUUAUUGUCUUGCUUAUUGUUGAGUGGAGAGCAAGGCAGGGGACAGGGACAGUCUUUUUAGGGCUGCUAGCUACUUGGAUCCCAGCAAAUGAGACAGGCCCAGUGUCUGAUUAGUGGUAAUUGUCAUGAUGUACAUUGAAUGGAGGUACUUCGUACUUGCAGUGCCCAAGGGAAAGGUGGUGGCUGAUAUGGAAAUGCUGUGGUGGAAUGCAAAGCAUGACUCUGUGAUGGUGGCAAAGCUUAGUAACAGGAACGCUGAGAGUAUGCUCCAGUUACACCACCAGGGAAGGCAGCUCAGAGAGCUGUGGCAGCAGUCCAGGCCUUAUCUUAAAUAAGGGAUCUCUCUCCUCCUCACUCCACCCACGCCUGCUUUCUCAGCCUUCAUUUCACUGCUUCCUUUGCUUACUACCAUUUCCCUGUGAGCCCUUCCUUUUCACAGCUGAGCUGCUCUCCCCAGGGCUGCCCACCACAGCGUAGGAGUGCUCUGCAACAUCAGCUAGCUGGAGCAUGUCACUGAAGGGAAUGCUGGGGCAGAGGGAGCCUGGGUGU